ACUCAGGAAGCCCCAAGUGCCUGAUUGACAUUGUGUAUAAGAGGAGCCAGCCUGAUGGGGCACUGUGCCUUCCCAGCUGCUGUUCCAUGGACUCCCCUUCAUCAGGAGAAAAUGUGGAUGUGGAGGCUUUCCUUCUUCUGGGUAUCCUGGCCACCUGGACUGCAAACCAACAUCAGUCCCACUGAAGUGAUUAAUGUGUCUGGAAGCUUCAGUACUCUUAAUGUGUGCUGCACAUCUGCAAAAACCUGGAAUGCUUAGCCAAGGUGAAUGGAAAGGAGAAAUGGCUUCUGCCUCCAAACCCCUUCUCCUUUUUGAACCUUGAGUUAUGGAGCAAUAAACAGGAAAAGGAAUGAAAUCGCCUUUUGAUGCUGUGCAGUAUCAAGCUUUUGGCUGUGCAGGAGCUGGCUGACAGAGAAGCAUUGGAAAAGUUUUGUAUGGAGCUGAACCAGCCGACGCUGCCAAACAUCCGCAAGUGGAAGGGCCCUAGAGGAUGUUGGAAGGGUGUUGUUUCCGAAAAACCCUCAGGCCAGCUACACAAGGGAGUUGAAUAUUCUGGCUUCCUCUGGGAUACAACAGCUGGCAUUGAGCUGAAAGAUGCCUCGUCUCAGGAGACUGCACAGACUAAUGGCAACGGGAGGCACUCAUAUCCUCACCCUUAUCUUGCACAUUUCAAGGUUGGAAUGAAUGACCUGACCGUGGUUAACCUGCACCUGGCCCUGCCGCCCUGCGCGGGGGAGAACAGCGGCAAGAACCACGACAGCCACAAACUGGCAGCCUGUGCACAGAGUUUGCAGGAGACUCUGAAAGGAGAAAAAGAUGUAAUAAUCCUUGGAGAUUUUAACCAGGCCCCAGACAGCAGCGACCAUGACAUCCUGAGGAAGGAGAAGUUUCACCACCUGGUCCCUUCCAGCACCUUCACCAACAUCAGCACAAAGAACCCACAAGGGUCCAAGUCGCUGGAUAACAUCUGGAUCAGCCGGAGCUUGAAAAAGGUUUUCACAGGCCACUGGGCUGUCGUGCGAGAAGGGCUCACAAACCCAUGGAUCCCCGAUAACUGGUCCUGGGGUGGGGUGGCCUCGGAGCACUGCCCCGUGCUGGCUGAGUUUUACCUGGAGAAGGACUGGAACAGGAAGGAGGUGACGCGGAACGGGAACGGGGUGACGGUGGAACGCAGCGACUCCCACACGAAGCACGAACGAUGACGUGAACUCGAGGGUGCCUCUCCUGCCACCCAGGGAAGGCUCUGGUCACUCAUGACCCCACGGCAGAGCAGGACUGCCUUCCCCUCCCUCUAGUUCCUGCUCUCCUCCCUGCACCUAGAAAGCAUCAGCACGUGAUUUUGGUGGUCCCGGCUGUGAGCCCCUCCUGGACAGUUCUGGACGGAGCCUCAUGGCAGCAGAACAAUCUGCAACUUUUUCUGGGGACACAGUGGACAUUUCCACACCUGGAGAUUUGGAUAAGAAUUGUACAGAAAAAUAAAGUGUACUUUUAAUAUUGGAAAA